AUAGAGUGCGGGUUCCGCCUCGGCUCGUCAUUCAGCCGCCCCGGGCCCGGCUCGAGUUCGCCUCUCUUGCUGUUUCCCUUUUCCCCCUGCUCUUCCGUUCUCCCCUUGGGCUCGUACGGGUGGGCGCGGGCCUCGCUCUCCUGUUGGCUUGACUCGCCGCCGCUCAAGCGGGACGGUCCCCGCCUCCCCUGCGCCGCCUUCGUCUUCGUUCUCGAGCGGACCGGGGAUCGGCUCCCCCCCCCCCUCCCGGCGGAGGCCAUGGCGGCAAGCGCCAAGCGGAAGCAGGAGGAGAAGCACCUGAAGCUGCUGAGAGAGAUGAGCAGCCUCCCGCCCAACCGCAAGUGUUUCGACUGCGACCAGCGCGGCCCCACCUAUACCGACAUGACGGUGGGCAGCUUCGUUUGUACUUCCUGCUCCGGCAUCCUGAGAGGUUUAAAUCCACCUCACAGAGUGAAGUCCAUUUCAAUGACCACAUUCACACAGCAAGAAAUAGAAUUUCUUCAAAAGCAUGGGAAUGAAGUAUGUAAACAGAUAUGGCUAGGAUUAUUUGAUGAUAGAUCAUCAGCAAUUCCAGACUUCCGGGACCCUCAAAAAGUCAAAGAAUUUCUACAAGAGAAAUAUGAAAAGAAAAGAUGGUAUGUUCCUCCAGAACAAGCAAAAGUUGUGGCUUCUGUCCAUGCAUCCAUAUCUGAGUCAUCUGCUAGUAGUACAAGCAGUACUCCAGAAGUUAAACCACUUAAAUCUCUCUUAGGAGAGUCUGCACCAGCACUGCACUUAAAUAAAGACACACCUACACAAUCUCCUGUUACAAUUCGAUCUCAUGGGCAGUCACAAGAAAAGAAGCAAUUUGAUCUUCUCAGUGAUCUUGGUUCAGACAUAUUUGCUGCUCCUGCUCCGCACACUACAGCUACUGCUAAUUUUGCUAAUUUUGCACAUUUCAACAGUCAUACAGCGCAGAACUCUGCAAACGCAGGUUUUGCAAACUUUGAUGCAUUUGGACAAUCUAAUGCUUCGAGUAAUUUUGGUGGUUUCCCCACAGCAAGUCAGUCUGCUUUUCAGCACCAAAAUACAGCGUUCAGAACGCUUUCAUCUAGCUGCAGUUUUGGUGACUUUACUACUUCUGCUUUCCCUGGCCAGGCUAUGCGCAGUAAGUUCCACCAAGGUGGGAGCGCUCGAUCAGUGAAUGCUAACUUUGCACACUUUGAUAACUUCCCCAAAUCCUCCAGUGCUGAUUUUGGAGCCUUCGGUGGUUCUCAGAGCAACACAACUGCAGCCAGUAAAGCUGUAGUGAAUAAAACAUGUCUCCAGUCAGCAGAUAAAUACGCAGCUCUUGCUAAUUUAGAUAAUAUCUUCAGCACAGGGCAAGGUGGUAAUGAGCAAGGAAAUGGCUUUGCUGCCAGUACAGUACCUGCUGUCUCGGCUCCAAGUCAAAGAAGUACAUCUUCAGACAAGUAUGCAGCCCUAGCAGAAUUGGACAGUGUGUUCAGCUCCACAGCAACCACUAGUAAUGCAUAUACUUCCACUAGUAAUGUUAGCAGUAAUGCUUUUGGAACAGUUCCAGUUGGUGCUAAUACACAGACGCAGUCUACAUCAUCCGGUGUUCCUGCUCAGUUUGGAGCAACACCAUCCACAAAUCCAUUUGUGGCUCCACCUGUAGCUGCAGUAGCCGCAUCAACAAAUCCAUUCCAAACCACCAACCGAGGAGCAGCAGGCCUUUCAGGAGCAAUUCACUCUCAUAUAUUUCCUCAGGCUCACUUUGCAACAACAUUUGGCACAGCUUCCAUGAGUAUGCCUGCAGGAUUUGGAACAACUGCCUCAUACAGUCUUCCUACUAGCUUUAGUGGUAACUUCCAGCAGCCUGCAUUCCCAGCUCAGGCAGCUUUUUCUCAGGCUGCUUUCACUCAGCAACCUAAUGGUACUGGCUUUGCUGCGUUUGGACAGGGAAAAUCAGUAGUAACCCCAUUUGGACAAGUUACAGCUGUUGGAGUCGCCAGUAAUCCUUUUAUGGCAGGAACAGCAACGGGGCCUUUUCCAGCAGGAAGCUCAUCAACCAAUCCUUUCUUAUAGCCUUAUAGACACUUUACUUAAAAGAACUCUAUGUGAUCACAUAACAUCUCUAUGCCUCUUGCACUGUUGUCUUGUUUCACUGACCUUAGCUUUAAACACAAAAUAAGUCUUUCAGAAAAAAAAAUAGUCUGCGUUGUGUAUUAAAACCAAGGAACACCAGGUGAUGUACAAAACAUGGAACUGUGGUAACAUCCUUUCUUGUGCAAUGGCAGGAGAAUGUUAAUAGUAUCAUGUAUAUUAAAAUUGGCUAAUAUUAAGUUAUUGCAGAUAUCAUUCAUUAUGCUGCAGUAUUGUACAUAUUUUUCUCUUAGGAAUUAGUUAUUUGUGCAUAUCAGUAUUUGUAACUUUUAACACACUGUUAUGUGAAAAACGUUACUGGGAGAAAUAGAUCAGCCAGUUUAAGGUGCUGUCAUAUAUCUUGGAAUGAAUGGCCUAUAUCAUUUUAACAUUGCUUGUUGGGAUUUAUGAAUUCAGAACUGAAGUUUUAUUCAUUUCUUGAAGUGUUUUUUUCCCUUUCCUGAAGAGCUCUUCUAUUUAUACAUGCCUAAAUUCUAUAUAAUGUGGAGGGAUACCUGUCUGCAUAAUAAAGCUGAUCAUGUUUUGCUACAGAUUGCAGGUGGAAAAAAUAAAUAUUAAAAAAGUUUGUUGUUGUCAGCAUUUGCACUAACCAAUUUUAUUAAUUUUCAAAAUCAUUGACAAAAUUUUGAGAUGGCAUUAUUUCUUUGGCUGUUUCAGUAAGGUUGCAAAUUGUUAACAGUACAUCCUGUUAACAAUAGGAAUGUACCUACUGAUCAAUCAGUAAGAUAUGAAAUUGCCUUUAUUUUGAAAACUGUCUAACAAAUUAACUUAAAUUGUGUAGUACAGAAUAUAUUUCAUUUCAUUUAUUGUUUAAAUGUUUCUUCAUUUCAUCUUGUGGUCAUUGUUCAUUCUUAUUACUGAAAACAAAUUGGUAAGAUUGAUUUUGCAGCAUUAUUGAAACCAAACAGCCAGCAAAUACUUAAUAAAACCAAACUUUAGUUUUGGUAUGGAUGUACAUACUAUGGAUUUUGAAUGAAUAUCGUGCUCCUUACCAGUAGAAUUAUUGUUCAGUUAUUUGCAAAGUAAAUGCCAUGGUAGCAUAUUUAUUGAUGAAGGCUGAUUGAACAAUGUUUCUGUAGAUUUUAGGUAAUUUGUAACGCAAAUACUUGAUGUUUGUCAAUAGAAACACAUAUUUUGUAUGCAAUUAUAUUUUCGGUGGCAAAUAUAAAUCCACACACAGUGUAAUACUGACACAGGCCAUUACUUCAUAAAAUUAAGUGACUUGAAGAUUUGAACCAAGAUGAUAUACCAUGCUUUUAGAGUGCAUUGAUACAGAAAAGAUCUGAAUUUCUCUCAAAGGAUGGUUGAUUAAUUGGGAGGGAAAGGUGCUUGUAGUAUUUAAACACAUUGCUUCAGAUUGUCAUUAGCAUUAAUCUGGGAUAUAAAAAUAGUACUUAAUAUCCUUGCUAGUGGACAAGGCUAUUUGGAACAUUGAAAUAGCACAUCCCUACAUAUCCUAUACUUUGGGUAGAAUGUAAAGUACUGUAAAGUAAAGGAUUUUUCAAAAAGUUUCCUCUAAGAUUUUCAAUAGGAGGAUGGAAAUUAGGGUGGAGAGAAUAUGUUUGGUAAAUUACCAGUUUCUGUCUGGAAUUACGAGGUUAGUGGAUUUCUGAAUUUUCUGUAGCCUUUUUGAGAGAUAGCUUAAAAGGCAAACAGAAUGUUAUGUUUGGAUGUCUGCUACCCUGUGUUAGUGCUGAAUUGUCCCCAAAAGGCAAUUUUAUGUGUUCCGGUAUAUGCAACAUUUGUCUUAGUUUCAGUGAGUGCAUCUUGAUGAAAAGGUGAAUGGAGUCAGGUUAAAAACUUUCUAGUCAUUUUAAAUCAUGAAAAAAUAUGUCAUUUUCAUAUAUACAGACAUUAAUUUGCAGGAAUUUGGGUGAGUGAAUCCAUGAAAUUGCAAUUAAAAGUUUUCACCUGUAUACAGAAUGUGGCAUAGGAAUCAGCAAAAAAACCCAUUUUUUAAAAAUAAUAAUUGAAGAACCUCAGUUAUUUAAUGGAAUAAUAAUUCUGUAGAAGAAUGUUUUUAACUCAUCCUUGGUACUGUGUUUCCACCUUCUUUCCCCUCUUAGACUGCCGUUGGCUCUGCUGGGGAGAAUGGGAAUAUAAUGCAUUCACUUAGAUGCCUUGAAUUUUAAGAACAGGAAUUUUCCUUUUCUGCUGCUUUUCAUUUCUAAGUUUUUUUAAAAAAUCAUUGUAUCAGUGCUUAAGGAUAAGGUGGUAUUUUUACUGUUGAACUUAAUAUAAUUCUCAUGUUGAAUUUUUGUUUCAGGUGAUAACAAAAGACUUUUCUAUGCUUUUUCUAGAAAUUAUUUUCAUUCUCUGAGUAAUAUUUAAAUUGAACAACUGUUUUUUUUUAAAUUGAAAUUAAGUGUGUGUAUAUUAUGAAUAAAGCAGCCUUGCAGCAUGUAACUGCAAGCACCAA